AUGAACCGCUCUCUCCGGUACGCAAUGGUGGUCAUUGUGGGUGCUCAUGCCAAGACCAUGGAAACGAUCACCGAGUGGAAGACGCGGCAGUGA